AUGUUUGUCCAAACUCUCGUUGCUCUAUUUGCCUUAUUACCCUUGGCAUUAUCUUCCCCAGCGGCAAGCACAGCUUCCAUCUCCAGUGUCGAUCUCAAGUCCCUCUCUUCCAUCCAAAGAUCGAAUUUCCCAGAUAUCGCUUCGAAAAUUCCCCAAAACUGUCCAGUCGGCAACAUCAGCGUGCCAUUGAAUGGGAUAGCAGGAUUAUCCCUACCCAGCGGACAGACCGUAUCUAAUAUAGCUGUUGGAAGAGGUAUUAAGAACUAUACAUGUACUUCAGGAAUAUAUGCUUCAGCUGGUGCUUUGGCAAACCUCUUCGACGUAUCUUGUUUAUACACUUUGACAUCUGGCUUUAUUGAUCCCAAUACUAUCAGUGGUCUUCUUCCCAAAAUGGCUUUCUCGGCCCUAUCUUUCCCAGAUGCCGGUAAAUUACCUAUUGCUAUUCAUCAUGAAUUCGUUGCCACACCAGGAUCGUCCACACCUGGAGCUAUAUCUCCCGAAUUCUCCACUGCGACUGACAAAGUCAUCCUCAGCAAAGUGGCCAGUGCCAAUGCUCCCUCUGAUCCUACCACCAAUGUACCAUGGUUGCAGCUAGCCGCUUUGGACGGACAAGGGACUUUGUCCAGAUCUGUCUUCCGAUUGAACACUUUCAAAGGUCAACCUCCUACCUCAUGCACGACCGAAGGCGAGCAGCUGAGCGUCCAAUAUGCCUCAAUGUACUUCUUCACAAAGUGA